AGUGUUUGGCCCAGUGAGGGAUGCACCGGAGCUCUGUGCUGGGUAACAUUACUUUUUUCUAAGUGAAAUCCGUGUUUGGAUAUCACAAGUAUUUCAUUAAGGCAAGGACGUCACCAGAGAUAAAGGUGCAGCAGCAGAUAUGAUAAUGCGGUUAAGAAGGUUACAAGCGAUGUUAAUCAUGGUGGCUGGAAGUGUGGCCAUGACACAUGCGCAGUGUGAGUGUGGCCUAUUCCUCGUCACCUCACGAACAUGGCGGCCAGACCACCUCGCCUUCUCCACCAAUAAAACUUAUCUAGUGGACUGUUCCGACCCGCAGCAGGCCAGCCAGGAAUGCAUGAAGUACUGUGAGGAGGAGGUGUUGGCGCUCAACCAGGUGUUCACUACGCAGCCGCAGCUGCUGCAGGCGUACCACCCACGGCAGCAGCUGCCCUGUGGUGCCCUCCCCGCUCACACUGCCUCUUUCUACACUCUCUGCGGCAAACAACAGUGGGUGCCGGCCUCAGACCAGCGCAGCGCUUCCGUCUGCUGCAGUGCCCACACCGACACCCCCGUCUGGUGUGAAAAAGAGGCGUCGGUUGCUACAUCAUCGUUGGGGUCGUCAGCGUCCGCGGCGACGUCAGGUCGGGCGUCGUCGGUGCAACAGACGGUAAUACAGCGUAAGAUAGACACUGUCACCGACCAGAGCUCCAUUCAUAACAACGAAAUACAAGGAGCUGCCAAGCCUGCCUCUCAGGAUGAAGGAUCAUGGCUGACAAACAUCCUUCACUUCUUCGGCUACAAGAGCAUCGGAGAGAUGAUUCAGAAUAUUGAUAUUUUUUCUUUGCCUGGUAAAGUGCAGGGCCUGGUGAAGACGUACAACGACGAGAUCUCCAUGGGUCAGUGCUACAUGGAGUUCACCACAUACAGCCUCUUCAAACAAGACGGCGCCUUCUCAUCUUUCUUAAGAACACGCAGGGAGCAGCCACUGCAGGAGGCGUGGCAGGGUGCUUGGAGCGCGGAGGGCACGGAGGACCUCCACAAGAGGUUUGCCAGCUUGCUAGAGGAGGCAUGGCAGGAUGCUUGGGACGUGGAGGACAAGAAUUUAGAAGACAAAAAGAGCCUCCAGGAGAGGUUCGUCAACUUGUUAGAGGAGGCCAGAGCUGUUUCCUCUCACACCUCUGGACCGUCGACUAUAGAGAGUGUGGUGAACGGUCUGGUAGGUCUGCUGGAGGGGUCUCCGACCACCAGACAAUAUGCUGACGUAAUCAGACAGAUCGUUCCCCUGGUGAUGCAGAUGUAUGCUGCCCCUGACCCGUCCUCGGCCAUCACUGCUUUCAUCACCCAGGCCAUGGGUCCCUACCUGGCGCAGGUACAGUCUCCGUCCCAGAGUGUAAACUCCAUUAGCAGCAGCAGCAGUAAGCCUUCCUCCCACUGGUCUGAAGCGAGCUCGAAGCCUGCUCCUGUGCCCAAGACCACGCCCAGACCGUCCUCGUCUGCAGGGGCAGCAGCAGGUUCUGCUUCCUCCCCCAUCACCACUAUGAUCCUCCAGUUCCUCAGAUAUUACAUGGGCAACUACCUCUCUUCCUUACCCGGUAAUGCACCAAGCAAACCACCACCACCACCUCAGCCUACCCAAGCCCCCGCCGUCAGCAGCACCCUGGCAACCCCUUCAGCGUCUUCUUCAAGCGUAGGCAGCAUCCUUAACCUGCUAUUUACUCCCUCUCGCCCGCAGAAAGUGUCACGCCCCAAGCCGCAGGCACUGAAGCGGCCACAGAAGCCACAGGUUCUGGAGAAACACGAUGCCAAGACCUUCGUUGAUAUGGUGCUGGAGUUCAUCCGUCCAGUGUUUAUCAGUAUCAUUGGCAAGGCACCAGGAGAGAGUGGAGUAGCGUCUAUCCGGGAGGUGACGAGACUGAGUUCCUUGGGUCGUGUUGACGACACUGUCGUGGAGGAGGUGCUCUCUCCUUACUUCUGCCUCAAGAACUACGUGGUCAACAAGGCCUGGACGCUGACGGAGCGGGGCGUCAGGUCGGUGGCAAGCCAGUUCGAACCCCAGGAACAAGCCCGUAUGAUGAGGAUGUUGCAAGACUACUGACUGAUGCAGUGGGGUUACAUUAAGAUCAAUAAGGAGAGAUAUGAGGGAAUGAACAUGAAUUAAAGAUCGAAAAGGAUGUUGUAAGUUCAAGGGUGUUGUAUUUUACUUUUAAUGUGAAGAAUUAAACUCAUGUUGGUCAUUCAGCUCAAAGACUGGUGGAGGUUCUAUCCACUGUCCACCAGUCACGAAACUCAAGAUAGGGAUGGCUAGGGGGUGAAUUUUCAAUUAUAAGAAUAUUACGGACGAGAAAAUUCAACUACGUUCAUCAGUGUCAUAUUAUAAACAUAAAUAUCUGAAGAUAUCUAUUUUUUUAAAGUAUAAUCUUACUGUUUUUGUAAUCAGCCUGCACAUUACCGCAGAUAUUUUUCAAUUUUGUAAAAUAUUCAACACAGUUAAGGGUCAAUGUUAACUGUGUUUUUACUGGCUAUUCUGAAUAUUUGAUAUCUGUGAAAUCCUGUGCAUGCUUUACAUAACACAUCCUUCAUUCUGGUCGUAUUAAGGUUCUAUUUAUCAAAUACAGAUUCAACAAAUAAUUAGUUAUAUAUUUUAAAUUUUAGUAGCGUGGAAGGAAUUUUGAAAAAUCAGAAGUCACUCUUAAUGUGCAUAAUUUAAUUUUUCCUUUUAUAUCUACAGUACUUCCACCAGUCACCAGUGAUUUAAGUAUCCUUUCAGUUGGUGACUCUCAGGUCGUAUUUGCCCCCAGAUUAACAACAAUAGUUUGUGUAGUAGGAAAUUAUCCCCCCCUUUCGAUAUUUUUCUCGACAGUUAAAAAAAAAAUAAUUGAAUUAAAAAACAUUUGUAUUGAAGUCUUGAACACAGCAUUCUUGUAAACUUCAGUCAAGCAAGAACAGCAACAAAAGCUUCAAGGAGUCUGAGGGUGAAUAAUUCAGAUUUUAUCUUUCUAUUAUGACGUGAAAGCAUGCAGGGCACAUCAUUUAUAAAAGUUCAUCUGAUAUGGGCACCACAAUUCAUUUCCCAGUUACAAGUUAAUCUGUUGUAAGAUUAAAUGAAAGCAUACAUCAGUACAGCGCCUACUGUACAUGGGGUUUUGAGAAAUCCUUUUUCCCCUCCCCCAAAACAAGAAUUUAUGGUACAAUGGAUAUAGUACUCUAGUAUUAGUACUUUUGAUAUAGCUCAACUUUAUAGAUUCGGGACCCAGUCUGGUUCCUCUGUUACCUCCUUGUUGUGUACAUAUGUUAUUCUUGUUAUUGGUUUUUAAAAAGUUAUUCCCAAGAAAUGUAUCAUG